AUGUCGAGCUACAGCGACGACUCUUCGGAGUUCAGCCAGACCAAGAUCCGAAUGAACCUACGCGAAGAACGAGAGCGGGAUUAUAGGCGUGGGCCUGAGGUCAUCCAUCGCUACCGGGAAGCACAGCGAGAGCCACGCAGAGGGCCUGUCGGCUACUACCACGAAAUCGCCCGCCCGACCCAGGAGAAUGUGAUGGUGCAGGUCCGGUCCCGAUCGAGGGAGCGCCGGUCUCCCCCGGCCCGAGUGAUGCAUGUCGCGCCGGCCCCCCCACCGCCUCCGGCCCCUGCCCAGGCCCCCGCACCCGGCCAGAGCGUGGUCAUCAACCAACCGGUGCUCGACCGCCGCCGCUACGAACAUGAUUCGGAUAGCUCCUCGGACGAUGAGUCGUACCGGGGCGGACGCCGUCGCAAGCACCGAUCCCACAGCCGCCACCACUACCAUCGCAGCCGGUCAUCCAGCGUCCACAGCAACUACAGCGGCGUGGGGGACCGGAUCCGGCUCGAAGCGGCCGAGCAGCAACUCAGCCUCCUCCGGCUUGAGGCCCAGAAGCGCGAGGGCGAGCGCCAAAUGGAGAGGCUUGCCGGCGAACGGCUCGAGCUUGCGCGCGCCCGCGACGAGAUCGAAAGGCGCCAGCACUCGGAAGAAGAGGCGCUCCGCCAAGACCGCUUCCGCGACGAGCAUGAGCUGCAGUCCCUCAAGCGGCAGCUUGCGAGCAUCCACCGCCGGGAGGAGGAGCUGCGGAUCGAGCACAUGCGCGAGGAGCAGCAGCGACUGAUCAAGGACAGCGACGAGCUAGCUAGGAUGCGCCGAGACCGGGAGGAGGAGGAUCGCCGCAAGCGGUCCGAGGCCGAGACCGAAUACCAAAAGCAAAAGGCCGAGCUCGAGCGCCGGAUACGCGCCGAGGAGGAAGCCAGCCGCGACAAGCAAACCAAGGAAGAAGCCAAGGCCAAGGCCGCCCUAGCGGAGCUCGAGCGGAUCCACGCCGAGCGGGAGCGCAAAGAGGAAGAGGAGCGUAUCCGCCGGGAGAUUGAGCUGAAACGGCUUGAGGAGGAGAAGAAGGCCGCGAUGGAGGCAGAGCGCCGCAAGCGCGAGGCUGAAGAGGCCAUCGCCGAGUACAAGGCUAAGGAAGCCGAGCGGGCGAUCAAGGAGAAGGAGGAGAAGGAGGCCCAGGAGCGCGAGUUCCAGCGGUUGAUGCAGGAGCGCCUGAUUGCGUCGGGUCUGGAUGAGAAGGAGAUCCAAGCCGUCAUGAACAAGGAGCGCAUCAAGCGCGAGGAAGAGGUCCGCCCGGCGCUACCUGCGCCGCCUGGCGCGCCUGUGUACACGCGCAUGACCCUGGCCCAUCUCGACCUUGAGACGCUGCAGUACUACAACGUCAAAUAUCAACGGGAUGCCGACCCCAACUACGUCGUGAUCCUGCGCGAGGUGCCCGAGUGGGAGCAAACCCUCUGGUGGGAGCACACUCGGCAGCGCCGCAGCAGAAUGGAGCGUGUCAUGCUCGAGGUCGACGACCAUCACCAUUCGCGCCACCACCACCACGGCCACUCGGGCGAGUACGAGUUUGUCCGCCGCAAGUCUAAGAGCCGCCAUCGUAGCAAGUCUCCGGGUCUGUUAAUGUAUCUUGCUGGUGGUCGGCCGCGGUAA